CUUUCACCUCCCUCGACUUCCCUUCUCGAAGCCUUCGUAGCCGUCGUAACUCUUUCGCUACCCCAUCUUCAAUUGAUGGUCUUAAUUCAGCCGCCGGUGAUUGCAUGAAGCCCCUGAGACGGUUUUGAAUUUUAGGACUCGAUUUAGCGAUAUGGCAUCUCCUGCAGUAUCCACGUCGUCCUCUGCAGGCUCCCCUGCUGCUAUUGCACCAGCACCUCCUACCCUCGCCAUCAAGGCCGCAACCCCGUCAACUUCGAGUGCGAUCCCCUCGGGAAGUGGUACAUCAACUCCAGGUAUGAUCACACGGAAGGAAUGGGUGAUCCCGCCACGGCCGAAGCCAGGCCGAAAACCAGCAACAGAUACCCCACCUACAAAGAGAAAGGCACAGAAUCGAGCUGCGCAACGAGCCUUCCGAGAGAGAAGAGCUGCCAGAGUUGGAGAACUCGAGGAACAAUUGGAGGAGACGAAGGAAGAGACACAGAAGAGAGAGAAUGAUUUGAGAGCUAUGAUUUCGAAGCUCGAGGCAGAUGUAGAAAGAUUCAGUGGCGAGGUGAAUUCUUGGCGACUACGUUGUGAUACUCUUGAUCGCAUUGCAGAAUACGAGAGGAGGGAGAAAGAAGCUGCCCUGGCCGAGUUGGCUUAUCUCAGGAAUGGUUCACGGACUACUGGCACAGAUGCUGUUCCUCUUCCUCCACGGCAUUUACGGCAGCAAGAACCGAAAGUCCCAGAGCCACAACAACAAUUCGUCCCCGAACCAGAACCUGCUUCACUAGGAUGUGGAGGAUGUACGUCGUCGACCAACUGUGCUUGCGUUGAGCAAGCAUUGGCUAUAUCUCAAAACGGAUGUGGCAAGUGUACUCCUGAUACUCAUUGCGAGUGCUUGGAGGAGACAAUCAAAUGCACGGACUUGCCUACACCUCUUGAGCUUAAGAGGUCACACUCGCCGUCCACAGAAGAGUAUGCCGACAAGCGUUUACGUUCUAAAGAUCCUUCUACACCCCUUGAGAUGGAUUUCACAGCACAAUUCUCCAAGCCUGCUAUCAACGUACCUCCCGAGCCAGUUGUUAUUGCAAGGCCACAUGGCGAAUCAUGUGGAUUCUGUGAAGAGGGAACUUAUUGCAUGUGUGCUGAGGCUGCUGCCGCCCCUGCUGCCAAUAAUGAAAGAGACCACGAGAACCGACUUGCACCUCUCCUGAACGCAGUCACUCCCCCACCUUCAGAUUCUGACGUUGAUGGGACUGCUAUCAAGCUGCCUUCUCUACAGCCGAAUCCAAUACAUCGUCCACUUACUGCUUCAGCACCAGCCAGCUCAUGUGUCAAUGGACCAGGAACAUGUCAGCAAUGUCAAGCAGAUCCAAAGUCGGGGCUGUUCUGUCGCUCUCUGGCAGCUCUCCGGGCGUCAUCAACUUCAGGUGUGCCCGAAGGUUGCUGUGGUGGGAAUGCCGGUGGAGGAGGUUGUUGCAAGUCCUUACCAACUGCUGCACCAUCUGAACCUCCUCCAAGUCUGUCAUGUGCUGAUACAUACAAGACACUUGCUACGCACAAGAACUUUGACCAAGCAAGCGAUGAAUUGAGCACUUGGCUUGGCAGGCUGCAUGCUACCCCGCCUGCUCAUCCUGGGAGGGCACCAAUGGAAGUUGAAGCCGCGAGUGUCAUGGGCGUAUUAAAGCUCUUUGACAGGAGAUUUGGUCGUGGAUGAUUACGAAAGGCGGACCCAUUAAGAAAGUAUAUAUGUUGUGUCAAUAUAGCAUAGCUCGCAAGGUUUUUCAAACCUCGGCGUUGAGUUUUGGAGUCUUGUUUUGGAAUACCUGCUCAUAGCAAAUCAAUCAUAGCAUUUGGAAGUCAUUGCAUUGGAAGGUCGGUGCUCUCCGCUUAUGGAAAAGGGCGUCUUACUGGAAUGUCAAGUACAUGUAAAUACGAAUUAUCAAAACAAUCAUCCCUUGG